AUGAGAUCCCCGGCCGUCUCGGCAGGAGGCGGAGCGCGGAGCCAGCCACGCAGUGAGGAUGGAAGUCCGAGCGAAAAUAAAAGCCUGAGGACGGCCCGGGGCGGUGGCAGGGACAACAUGAGCAACGUUGUCAAGUGCAAUUCACUGCCCUCGCUCUUGGAUGACCACGAUGCAUCACCCGGCGCCCACUUCACGUCGCUCGCGCCCACGUACUGUGCACCAGCUGCAGGUGCCUUGCAACGUUGCAGGGCUCAGCAGAGACACGGCGCGCAGCCCCCUUCGUCGCUGCCGUCGCUCCUCGACGCCCGGGGCGGCGACGGCACGAGCGAAUCGCGCGCGGAAGGGAAACGUUUGUUCCGUUCCCGUGGCGGCGGCGGGCGCCCGGGGCCCGAGGCGACCCUCCGCCGCAGCGCCGAUAACAUCCACGCCGAAGCCACGUACGUCAGGAGCUUUGAAGAUUACAUCGCGGUGCGGCAGGGCGGUGACAGAGCCGGCCGCGCGGAGAUGAACGGCGUCCCGAAGCCCAAGAUAAGCGCUAAGCCCCUACCUGCCGCGAAGAGAGGGCCUCCGGUUCCUCCCAAGCCUAUUAAGAUAACGAGGAAGGGAGACGCUGCGAGAAGUCAGCUCGAUCGGAAUCAGAAGGAUGCCAAAGACGGGGCUUCUGCUCAAAGUGGUGACGCGUCGGGUUCAAACAUACACAGUAGACGUGUUCAACAAGGGUGUCCCGAUGUUGCAGAGUCACAGGCGAACAGAUCGGCCGAGGAAAGCUCAGAAUCUGGAUCGAAUGACGCGAAUAGUCGCACUACGGGUCAGACAAGCGAAAUGCCGUCGUCUUCAGAUUCAAGUUCAACUUCCCCAAACUCGCAGCAGGGACACAAAGCCUCGACAACUUCACCGACUUCGCCAGCAUCUCAAGAUUCGGGUAAGAUCCCCAGCGCCAGCGAAGGCAGAGGCGCGUCGUCGGCCGCCACAACGAGGAAGGAUACAAUGCCCCCGGCGGCCGCGGUCACGGCUGGCCGCCCGCGAGAUCGAGCGUUGUCGCGGCCGAGUCCUACGCGAUCUGCCAGCGCCACGGACUUGAGGGCGCAGGACGUGCUCGGCGGAGGCAGGGCGAGCAGACAUUCACGGACGUCACAGCAUGCCGGGGACUGGCAGUGCGCGCUCGCGGGCGGGAGUGGGGCCGCCAGGACCGAGGGGGAGCGAGGCAGGAUAUUCGAGAGAGCGGGGAAGCCCAUGUCCGUCAGCAACGAAAACGUCAAUUCCUUGCAAGUGGGCAAAGACCUGCUGUACAAAAAGUCCUUCGGGAUCUCCCUGACGGACAUCGUGGGGGAAAAGACCAUCUUCCCCCUCGGGAUCCCGCAGCCGCUGACGAGCUCGGGCAGCGAGGAUUCCCACGGCGGCGGCCUCGGCGACUGGUCCCUGGGCUCGACGGAGUCCCUCAGAGCGAAGGGCGACGGAGGCUCCAGGAGGUCGGCGAGGUCGGGGAUUAUCACGACGCCCCGGCUGUCCAGGAAGGCCGUCGGUGCGGGCGAGGGCAGGGCGGGCGGGGAGGCCAGGGGGCAUAAGAAGAGCAAGAUGCACAGGCCCCUCAUGCCCAUCACGGUGCCCAGGAUCAAGAAGGGCACCCGCAGACCGUCCUUCCGGGCCGUACAGGACAGACUCAUCGCGACGUUGAAAGCCUUACCAGAGUCUCAGGCACCAAAUACCCGAGAAUUCCCAGUGGCAGCCAAACACAGCGCCGCCAACACAGCCGCCCUGAACCAAAACAAUACCUCCACUUAG